AUUUCAUCGAAGUGAAAAACAUGAAUUUUAACCGAUUACAUAUAUAAUAGCAGAACAAGAUGCUGAUGAAAGUAAAAUCAUUUCAAAUUAUUUCAUACAUUUAGGAAGUCAUGCCUCGAUGUUUACGUUUCCAUUUCCUGCAGGUCUUUCAGUGAUUUUCAGUCUGAAGACUUGAGCUCAUCUUUCAUCUGAGCUGAAUCCACAGGUAAAUUAUACUUCCUCACGUUUAUAAUGGUAAUUACAUCAUUAAAAAAAAUCUAAUAUGUGACUAUCUUCCCAUUACUAUGCUAAAUUGCCAAUAAAUCCUUUGUACAAAGAUGCAACUGUUCAGACAUGGCACUGAACAGGCACUUCUCAAUCGUCCGUUUGUCCACAGUACUGCAGCCAUGGGGGAUGCAGAGAUGUCUUCGUAUGGUGCGGCGGCGCCGUACCUGAGGAAGUCGGAGAAGGAGCGAAUGGAGGCCUCCACGCGUCCGUUCGACAUCAAGAAGGAAUGCUUUGUCCCAGAUUCGGUGGAAGAGUUCGUGAAGGCAACCGUCAUCAGCCGGGAGGGAGAUAAGGUCACUGUGGAGACGCAGAAUGGGAAGACUGUUACUGUCAAAGAGGCAGACAUUCUGCAACAGAACCCUCCCAAGUUUGACAAGAUCGAGGACAUGGCCAUGCUGACCUUCCUCCAUGAGCCAGCCGUGCUGUUUAACCUCAAAGAGCGUUACGCAGCGUGGAUGAUCUACACCUACUCUGGGCUGUUCUGUGUGACUGUCAACCCCUACAAGUGGCUGCCAGUCUACAACCAAGAGGUGGUCGUUGCCUACAGAGGAAAGAAGAGGAGCGAAGCUCCUCCUCACAUCUUCUCCAUCUCUGACAAUGCCUACCAGUACAUGCUGGCAGACCGUGAAAACCAGUCAAUUCUGAUCACUGGAGAAUCUGGUGCAGGAAAGACUGUGAACACCAAGAGAGUCAUUCAGUACUUUGCAAGUAUUGCAGCUGGAGGUAUUAAGAAAGACCCCAAUGCAAAAGAUAAGGGUACCCUGGAGGAUCAAAUCAUUCAGGCUAACCCGGCUCUGGAGGCCUUUGGCAAUGCCAAGACCAUCAGGAAUGACAACUCCUCCAGAUUUGGUAAAUUCAUCCGAAUUCACUUCGAUACCAGAGGAAAAUUAGCUUCUGCUGAUAUCGAGACAUACCUGCUGGAGAAAUCUCGAGUGACCUUCCAACUCAAGGCUGAGCGAGAUUACCAUAUUUUCUACCAGAUUCUUUCCAACAAGAAACCUGAAAUCCUGGAGAUGCUGCUGAUCACAAACAACCCGUACGACUAUGCAUUUAUCUCUCAGGGGGAAACUCAAGUGGCCUCCAUAGAUGACGCAGAGGAACUGAUGGCAACUGAUAAUGCCUUCGAUGUGUUGGGCUUUACUCAAGAAGAAAAAAACUCAGUGUACAAGCUCACUGGUGCCAUCAUGCACUAUGGCAACAUGAAGUUUAAGCAGCGGCCUCGCGAGGAGCAAGCAGAGGCCGAUGGCACCGAGGAUGCUGACAAAUCAGCGUAUCUGAUGGGCCUAAACUCUGCUGACCUCAUCAAAGGUCUCUGUCACCCAAGAGUCAAAGUGGGGAAUGAGUGGGUCACCAAGGGACAAAAUGUUGCCCAGGUGUACUAUGCUGUUGGAGCUUUGUCCAAAGCUGUUUAUGAGAAGAUGUUUCUGUGGAUGGUCAUGAGAAUCAACCAGUCACUGGAGACAAAGCAGCCUCGUCAGUACUUCAUUGGAGUGCUGGACAUUGCUGGGUUUGAGAUCUUUGAUUUCAACACAUUUGAGCAGCUGUGCAUCAACUUCACCAAUGAAAAACUGCAACAGUUUUUCAACCACCACAUGUUUGUGCUGGAGCAGGAAGAGUACAAGAAAGAGGGGAUUGAAUGGACUUUCAUUGACUUUGGUAUGGAUCUGCAGGCCUGUAUUGACCUGAUUGAAAAGCCCAUGGGAAUCAUGUCCAUCCUCGAAGAGGAGUGCAUGUUUCCCAAAGCCUCUGAUGCUACAUUUAAAGCUAAGCUUUAUGACAAUCAUCUGGGAAAAUCGAGCAACUUCCAGAAACCCAGGAUUGUUAAAGGCAAACCAGAGGCCCAUUUUGCCCUGGUCCACUAUGCUGGAACUGUUGAUUAUAAUAUCAACAACUGGCUGGUGAAGAACAAGGAUCCUCUGAAUGAGACCGUUGUUGGGCUGUACCAGAAGUCUACACUCAAGCUGCUUGCUACUCUCUUUGCAAAUUAUGCAGGAGCCGAUUCAGCUGAAAGUGGAAAAGGGGGCAAAGGAGGAGGGAAGAAGAAGGGAUCAUCCUUUCAAACUGUAUCUGCCCUUCACAGGGAGAACCUGAAUAAGUUGAUGACCAACCUGAGGUCUACCCACCCCCACUUUGUACGCUGCAUCAUCCCCAACGAGACCAAGACUCCUGGGGCUAUGGAGAACCCUCUGGUGAUGCACCAGCUGCGCUGUAAUGGUGUGCUGGAAGGCAUCAGGAUCUGCAGGAAAGGCUUCCCCAACAGGAUCCUCUAUGGGGACUUCAAGCAGAGAUAUCGUAUCUUGAAUCCUGCUGCCAUCCCUGAGGGACAGUUUAUUGACAGCAGGAAGGGAGCCGAAAAACUUCUCGGAUCUCUUGAUAUUGACCAUAACCAGUACAAGUUUGGGCACACUAAGGUGUUCUUUAAAGCUGGUCUUCUUGGUCAACUGGAGGAGAUGAGGGACGAUCGCUUGUCACUCAUUAUCACUGGAAUCCAGGCGAGAUCUAGAGGUUUACUUGCAAGAGUUGAAUUCCAGAAGAUUGUCGAAAGAAGGGAUUCGCUACUCGUAAUCCAGUGGAACAUCCGCGCCUUCAUGGGGGUCAAGAAUUGGCCCUGGAUGAAGUUGUACUUCAAGAUCAAACCUCUCCUGAGAUCUGCUGAAGCAGAAAAGGAGAUGGCCAACAUGAAGGAAGAAUUCCUGAAACUGAAAGAGGCCUAUGCAAAAUCUGAAGCUCGCAGAAAAGAGCUGGAGGAGAAAACUGUCUCUCUUCUUCAGGAGAAAAAUGACCUGCAGCUCCAGGUCCAAGCUGAGCAAGAUAAUCUUGCUGAUGCAGAGGAGAGGUGUGAGGGGCUGAUCAAACACAAAAUUCAAAUGGAAGCAAAAGCCAAAGAGCUUUCUGAGAGACUGGAGGACGAAGAGGAAAUAAAUGCUGAAUUGACAGCUAAGAAGAGGAAGCUGGAGGAUGAAUGCUCUGAGUUAAAGAAGGAUAUUGAUGACUUGGAGCUAACUCUAGCAAAAGUGGAGAAAGAGAAGCAUGCUACUGAGAACAAGGUAAAAAAUCUUGUUGAAGAGAUGGCUGCUUUGGAUGAAAUCAUUGCCAAACUCACAAAGGAGAAAAAAGCUUUACAGGAAGCUCAUCAACAAACCCUGGAUGACCUGCAGAGUGAGGAAGACAAAGUCAACACUCUGACCAAGGCCAAGGCAAAGCUGGAGCAGCAAGUGGAUGAUCUUGAGGGAUCUCUUGAGCAAGAGAAGAAGAUUAGACUGGACCUCGAGAGAGCAAAAAGAAAGCUGGAGGGAGACUUAAAGUUGACUCUGGAAAGUCUAAUGGACGUUGAGAAUGACAAGCAACAACUUGAAGAGCGUCUCAAAAAGAAAGACUUUGAACUAAGUCAACUGAAUAACAAAAUUGAGGAUGAACAAGCUAUUGCCAUUCAGCUUCAGAAGAAACUGAAAGAACUUCAAGCCCGCAUUGAAGAGCUGGAGGAAGAGCUUGAAGCAGAACGAGCUGCUCGAGCCAAGGUGGAGAAGCAGAGAGCAGAUUUGGCUAGAGAGUUAGAGGAGAUCAGUGAGAGACUGGAGGAGGCUGGAGGAGCAACAGCCGCCCAGAUUGAGAUGAACAAGAAGAGGGAGGCCGAGUUCCAGAAACUCCGCAGAGACCUCGAAGAGGCCACCCUGCACCACGAAGCCACUACUGCCACACUCAGGAAGAAACAAAAUGAGAUCGAAGAUCUCAUGGUGGAUGUGGAGAGGUCUAAUGCUGCUGCUGCUGCUCUGGACAAGAAGCAAAGGAACUUUGACAAGGUUUUGUCCGAGUGGAAGCAGAAAUAUGAAGAGUCUCAGUGUGAGCUGGAAAACUCCCAGAAGGACGCAAGAGCAUUGAGCACUGAGCUUUUCAAACUUAAAAACUCCUAUGAAGAGUCUCUGGACCAUCUGGAGACCAUGAAGAGGGAGAACAAGAAUCUGCAGGAGGAAAUUUCUGACCUCACUGAGCAACUUGGUGAGAGUGGAAAAAAUAUCCAUGAACUGGAAAAGCUUCGAAAACAGCUGGAACAAGAAAAGAGUGAGAUUCAGUCUGCACUUGAAGAAGCGGAGGCUUCCCUGGAACAUGAAGAGGGCAAGAUUUUAAGGGCCCAGUUGGAAUUCAAUCAAAUCAAAGCUGAUAUUGAACGUAAACUGGCUGAGAAAGAUGAGGAGAUGGAGCAGUGCAAGAGGAACCUACAGAGGACAAUCGACACCCUGCAGAGUUCUCUUGAGGCCGAAUGCCGCAGCAGGAAUGAAGCCCUUCGUCUGAAAAAGAAGAUGGAGGGAGACCUCAACGAGAUGGAGAUCCAGCUUAGCCAAGCCAACAGGCAGGCGGCUGAGUCCCAGAAACAACUCAAGUCUGUUCAUGCACAUCUGAAGGAUUGCCAAAUUCAGCUGGAUGAGUCGGUUCGGGCCAACGAUGAUUUCAAAGAGAACAUGGCCAUCGUUGAAAGACGCAACAACCUGCUUCAGGCAGAACUGGAGGAACUGAGGGCCGCUUUGGAGCAAACCGAACGAAGCCGCAAGCUUGCUGAGCAAGAGCUGCUGGAUGUUAGUGAGCGGGUGCAGCUACUGCACUCACAGAACACUAGCCUGAUAAACCAGAAGAAGAAGCUGGAGGGUGAUACAGUCCAGCUUCAAUCUGAAGUGGAGGACUCGCUACAGGAAUGCAGAAAUGCUGAAGAGAAGGCCAAGAAGGCCAUCACUGAUGCUGCCAUGAUGGCUGAGGAGCUGAAGAAAGAGCAGGACACCAGCGCUCACCUGGAGCGCAUGAAGAAGAACAUGGAGCAGACCAUCAAAGAUCUGCAGCACCGUCUGGAUGAAGCUGAACAGAUCGCCAUGAAGGGAGGCAAGAAGCAGGUCCAGAAGCUCGAGGCCAGGGUGAGAGAGCUUGAGAACGAAGUGGAGUCAGAGCAGAAGAAAAGUGGAGAAGCAGUAAAAGGAAUGCGCAAAUAUGAGAGACGCAUCAAGGAGCUCACAUAUCAGACCGAGGAGGACCGCAAGAAUGUUGCACGUCUGCAGGAUCUGGUUGACAAACUGCAGCUUAAAGUGAAGGCAUAUAAAAGAGCUGCUGAGGAAUCUGAGGAGCAAGCCAACACUCAUAUGAGCAAGUUCCGCAAGCUGCAACAUGAGCUUGACGAGGCUGAAGAGAGAGCUGACAUUGCUGAGUCUCAGGUCAACAAGCUCCGUGCCAAGAGCCGUGAUGUGGGGUCAAAGAAAGGACUAGAUGAGGAAUGAAACAAUGAUGGCCGCCUCAGACCUUCGGGAUCUUCUAUGAUGUUGUCCCCCUUGUCUGCAAUGUAACUGUAGAAUAAAGCAAAAUGCAUUCAAAUUAA